CACAUAAAAAUAAUAGAAAACCAAAAUUCGCCCUCAAAUAUUGGUAGCACACUUCCAUUCUCAAUAAACUCAUAUAUUCAUAGUUUCAGCUCUCUGCUGUAACAGAUCGAAAUGGCUCUGUCACGUUUAGCCUCUUCUUCUUCCUGCGGAUCCAAUCUCCUCAAACCCUUCUCCGCCGCGUUACUUCACAGCCGUCCGAUCUCCUCCGACGCGAACGCCACCCUCACCAUCGAGACGUCCGUUCCCUUCACCGCCCACAAUUGCGACCCUCCCUCACGCUCCGUCGACACCACUGCCUCAGAGCUCCUCUCGUUCUUCCGCGACAUGGCUCUGAUGCGGCGGAUGGAGAUCGCCGCCGAUUCUCUCUACAAGGCAAAGCUAAUCCGCGGGUUCUGCCACCUUUACGACGGCCAAGAAGCAGUCGCCAUCGGCAUGGAGGCCGGAAUCACUAAAAAGGACUGCAUCAUCACCGCCUAUCGGGACCACUGCACCUUCUUGGGCCGUGGCGGAACCCUACUUGAAGUGUUCGCGGAACUGAUGGGGCGCAAGGAGGGGUGCUCCAAGGGAAAAGGUGGUUCGAUGCAUUUUUACAAGAAGGAGAGUGGGUUCUACGGUGGUCACGGUAUUGUGGGGGCUCAGGUUCCGCUUGGUUGUGGGUUGGCUUUUGCUCAGAAGUAUUCUAAGGAUGAGAAUGUGACUUUUGCUUUGUAUGGUGAUGGUGCUGCCAAUCAGGGGCAGCUUUUUGAGGCUCUUAAUAUUGCUGCACUUUGGGAUCUCCCUGCUAUUUUGGUCUGCGAGAACAAUCAUUAUGGAAUGGGAACUGCUGAGUGGAGAGCUGCCAAGAGUCCUGCUUAUUACAAGCGUGGGGAUUAUGUUCCCGGAUUGAAGGUAGAUGGCAUGGAUGUUCUUGCUGUUAAACAAGCUUGCAAAUUUGCAAAGGAACAUGCUUUGAAGAAUGGGCCCCUUAUUCUUGAAAUGGACACUUACAGAUACCAUGGCCACUCUAUGUCUGAUCCUGGCAGCACUUACCGCACCCGUGAUGAAAUUUCUGGUGUGAGACAGGAGCGUGAUCCAAUUGAGAGAGUAAGAAAGCUGUUAUUGUCUCAUGAGAUUGCUGCUGAAAAGGAGCUAAAGGACAUGGAAAAAGAAGCCAGAAAAGAAGUUGAUGAGGCCAUUGCUAAAGCAAAGGAGAGUCCAAUGCCAGAUCCAUUUGAUCUAUUUACCAAUGUCUACGUUAAAGGUUUAGGAGUUGAGGCUUUUGGUGUUGAUAGGAAAGAAGUGAGAGCUAAUUUACCAUAAUUAAGAACUUUGUCCUUUGAAUAUCUUAGUACCAUAUGGUAGCAGACUGAUCAAAAUAAAUGAAGAAUAAAAGGUCCUACAGCAGGUCAUCUCUCUACUCUGCCUAUUGGUUGAGUUCUUACCCUCGUGUAUAGGAAAUUUAUGCUUCAGUAGCAUUGGGGCAGAAAUUAUUAUUUUUUUACCGUGUAAUUUUGGAGGAGCUAACGGCCAUAGCAUUACCGUGAUUGAUGCAACAGGGGUGUUCUGAAAAUUUGAGGAAAACAUUGUGUACUACUGCUCUCAAUCGGUCUUCCUUAGUUGUUGGCAUUGGUUUUAUUGUUAUUCACCAUAUUGCGUUUCAUCGAAUCCAUUUUCUGGGUACCAAGAAUUCUCGUUCCUUUCGACAAUUUUCAUGCCUGCUGUUUGUGGAUUGAAUAUUUGAUACAUCUGCCUUUUGUAGCUUGGACUAAUAAGUCACUUUGCUGUCUUGAUC